CCCUCUCAUUGCGGGCCCAUUCAUGAUCGCCCCGUCCGUCUCUCUCGUCUCCCACCCCUCCGCCGUUGCCUCCCAGCCUCGCCGCGGCGGCCGGAGAGAGUAUGCCGGCGAGCGAUGUUCCGCCUGCAGGCGGGCGCCGUGCGUGGCGGGGCGGAUGGGGAGCGACGCGCACCCCACCGCUACGACGACCCCGACCCGCCUCAGCUCCCGCUUCGACUCCGGCAAGCUCCAGCGCCUCUCUCAUCGACCACCUUCUCCUCCGCAGGUGAAAAGAAAAGAAAAGAUAAGGGGGUUAAACAAGGGGGCUCAAACAAAAGGAUGAAGCAGCCAGUCUAACAUGGGUUGAACUAGAGAAGGCUUCACUCUGAAACUUCUGUAGCUCAUAUGUGCUUUAAGUUUGCCAACUCUGGUUUACAGCAUUUGUUGUAUUUCUGUUUCUCUUUCGAGGGAGCUUUUGUACGUAUGUGGAAUUUGUAUUUGUAGCAUAUAACUCUCGUGUAAGUGAGGUAUUUUUUUCUGGUUUAGGUUAAUGCCUUGCUGGCUGACCUUUUGACAAAUAGCAUGCCAUGAGGGUUCUUGACACAUAUACUUGCAGUCGUAGGAGGUAUAGAAGGAAGCUCCCUCGCUGUUACUUAUUUAUGAUUUACCGACAUUGCCAAAUUACGUCUACCAUUAUUGAUGAUUUUUUUUCUAUCUCUCAAAAACAGAGUUCUAUUACUUGCUGUUCUGGGUGUUGCCAUUUCCCCUAUUAUGCCAGCCUGUCAUGCUCAUUGAAGCCAUUGCCAUGAGGGUUGGUGAGGUAAGCUUGCUGGAAGCCUCGUGAUUGACUUGACCAAUGACCAUGCUAAGUCCUCGUGAUUGACUUGACCAAUGACCAUGCUAAGUCCUCGUAGACAAGCUAAGGUACACUUAUCCUAUUCUGCUAGCCUGGGACGGUCCCCAAGCUUGUCUAAGCUUAGUUGAAUUUCAGUACUGAAGAUGUGAGUCUGAUAUUGGCACUAGCACCACCCCUUUUGGUUAAUUUGUGCUCUUUCUCUAGCUCUCUUUUUUGUGUUUUAAGUUUGCCGAGUUCAGCUCAACAUUGUUGUAUUUCUGUGGUGGCGCUUUUUAGGGGGGGGGGUGCUUUUAUUGGUCUUUUGCUAACUUGCUAUGCCUUGAAUUUACAUUUUUAAUGCUCGACCAUGCAUUGAAGCAAAUAUUUUGCAGGUUUAGAAAGGUUAUAUUCGAAGAUAUCUCUCUAACAUGUGAGGUAUAAUUUCUGGUUUGAAGCUCACUGAUUGGUGAAUAGUGAGCUUGAUGGAGGCCUCAUGAUUGACCUGACCAUGGUCCAUUGAAAGUCCUGCCUUGCAAUUAUGGUAGCACUGCAUUGUUUUUAUGGCAAUUGUGUCCCAAUGUGAACUUAAUUGACCCCAAGUGGACUUCCCCGUCAGCUUCAGCCAGCUGAACACUUGGCCUUCCAUUCUAUAUAUACAUCCACUCUUCCUCUCUAAAUUAUUCACUCUUGUUCAGCAUGCCUCCCCUCUACAUACUACUCCGGCUUCUCCUCUUGUACACUCCUCUUUGGUGCUUCUCUGCAGCUGCAUAUGAAGACUCUCUCACGGCAGGCCAAGCGCUCGCCGUCGGUGGCAAGCUCGUCUCAAGAAACGGCAAGUUCGCCCUCGGCUUCUUCCAGCCAGCAGCAAGCAACAUCAGUAAGUCGCCGUACAAUGCCACCUCCCCCAGCUCCAGCUGGUACCUUGGCAUAUGGUUCAACAAGAUCCCAGUUUUCACUAUCGUGUGGGUUGCUAAUAGGGAUCAGCCCAUCACCAACCCUAGUGUCAACCUAACACAGCUCAAGAUAUCAAGCGAUGGCAAUCUUGUCAUCGUAAACCAUGCUGCCAAAACUGAAUCCGUUGUUUGGUCCACUCACAUUGUCAAUAGGAAAACCAGUAGCAUAAACACCACCACCUCUAGCUCCAUUGUUCUCUUGAACAGUGGAAACCUUGCCCUACUCGUAAAUAGCCAAGAGAUGUUGUGGCAGAGCUUCGACUACCCAACAGAUAUCGGGCUUCCUGGCGCCAAGUUGGGCCGCAACAAGGUCACUGGUUUCAGUCACCAGUACAUAUCAAAAAAGAGUCUCAUUGAUCCGGGUUUUGGCUCGUACAUCAUUGAACUAAAAGACACCAGCGGGAUUGUCCUCAUGCGCCGCAACAACCCCCUGGUAAAGUAUCUGACUUAUGCAACCACAGGAUCAUCAUCUUUGAUACCAACACUCAAGUCAUUACUAGAUUUGAAUCCUCGGACCAAAGGUUUGAUUAAUCCAAUAUAUGUCGAUAACAACCAAGAGGAGUACUACACAUACACUUUACUGGAUGAAUCAUCAACUUCCAUGUUUGUCUUGCUAGACAUCUCUGGUCAGGUCAAGCUGAAUAUUUGGUCACAAGCCAACCAGUCUUGGCAAACCAUAUAUUCCGAGCCUGCAGAUCCUUGCAGUCCGCCUGCUACAUGCGGACCUUUCACGGUCUGCAAUGGCAUUGCACAUCCAUCCUGUGACUGUAUGGAGAGCUUCUCCCAUAAGUCACCGCAGGAUUGGGAGUUUGAGGAUCGAACAGGAGGAUGCAUCAGAAACACACCGUUACAUUGCAGCACUAGUGGUAACAACAAAAACAUGACAAGUUCAUCAGACAUGUUCCACCCCAUUGCUCAAGUUCAAUUGCCCUACAACCCGCAAAUAAUAGAUGUUGCUACCACUCAGAGCAAAUGUGAAGAAGCUUGUCUCGGUUCCUGCUCCUGCACUGCUUAUUCCUAUAGCAAUAGCAGAUGCUCUGUCUGGCACGGGGAAUUGUUUAGUGUAAAUCUGAAUGAUGGCAUUGAUAAUAAUUCUGAAGAUGUUCUUUACCUUCGCCUUGCCGCCAAAGAUUUGAUGCCAAGUUCCAGAAAAAAUAAAAGAAAACCAAAAGUCGGAGUUGUUACUGCUGCAAGUAUUAUUGGUUUUGGGUUACUGAUGCUCAUGCUGUUGUUACUGAUUUGGAGGAACAAAUUCAAGUGGUGUGGUUUGCCUUUAUACGGCAAUCAAGGUAGUGCUGGUGGAAUUAUAGCCUUCAGAUACACUGACUUAGUUAGUGCCACUAAAAACUUCUCAGAAAAGCUUGGAGGUGGUGGUUUUGGUUCUGUAUACAAGGGAAUGUUAAGUGACUCAACGAUUACUAUAGCAGUGAAAAAGCUUGAUGGUGACCGCCAAGGAGAGAAGCAAUUCAGGGCUGAGGUGAGCUCAAUUGGACUGAUCCAGCAUAUAAACCUAGUCAAAUUGAUUGGUUUCUGCUGCGAAGGCAACCAAAGAUUACUUGUGUAUGAACACAUGUUUAAUGGGUCUCUUGAUGGUCAUCUGUUUAAGAAGAGCAGUGUUGAUGCUGCCGUCCUAAGUUGGAACACCAGGUAUCAGAUAACCCUAGGAGUUGCUAGAGGAUUAUCAUACUUGCAUCAGAGUUGUCGUGAGUGCAUCAUACACUGCGAUAUUAAGCCGGAGAACAUACUUCUGGAUGCAUCAUUUGUUCCUAAAGUUGCAGACUUUGGGCUGGCAGCAUUUGUAGGAAGGGAUUUCAGCAGAAUUCUGACUUCAUUCAGAGGAACUGCAGGUUAUCUUGCCCCAGAGUGGCUUACCGGAGUGGCAAUCACACCGAAAGUUGACGUUUACGGCUUCGGCAUGGUUCUGUUGGAAGUCAUAUCUGGAAGGAGGAAUUCCUCGUCUGAAGAAUCAUACAACACUAGCAGCAGCAGUAACCAGAAUGUUAUAUAUUUCCCUGUUCAAGCCAUCAGCAAGCUUCACGGCGGAGAUUUGAAGAAUUUGGUGGAUCCACAGUUACAUGGUGACUUCAACUUGGAAGAGGCUGAAAGGGUUUGCAAAGUUGCAGGUUGGUGCAUCCAAGAUAAUGAGUUGGAUCGGCCGACAAUGGGUGAAGUGGUCCGGGUUCUCGAGGGUCAACAGGAGAUUGAUGUGCCCCCAAUGCCAAGAUUGCUUGCAGCUGUAACGGAACAAUCUGGUGCUCCAACUUUAAUGUAAUAAUAAUUCGUAGUCGAUAUUAGUAGUCUUUGUUAUUUCAGCAAUUUUCUUAAAGUUGUAUUGUGGAGAGGAAGGAAUAAAGGAAGGCAAGCUUGCAGUUGCUAAUUGGAUGUCUCUUAUUUAGGUGUUUUA